AUGAUGGGCUCGAUGGCGGCUGCUUCCUCGGCUUCGGGCCCGUCGCCCUCGUCGUCGUCGUCGUCGUCCCCGCCGCCUUCGCCAUCCCCCUCUCUCCCGCACACUCUCCUGCCGGGUCUUGACGGCGCCUCGCUGUUCAGCUAUACCCACGGCACGGGCCUCUCCAAGCUUCCCUUUGCCGCUCCUCGCUUGGUCCAGGAGACGCCGUUUGUCGACAGCAACGACCUCAUGUAUCUUGGCUCGCGAGCGGCCACGAUCUACGCGGUCGAUCUCGAGACGCUAGCUGUCUCGCGGGUCGGCAGUGCUGCCUCUGCGGCAGGCACGAGCGCCGCCGACUCUGGCGCCCGCAGCCUGUUUGUGGCUGUCGAGACAAUGACCAUCUCGGUCGUCGACGCCCACACCGGCCUGCCCUACUCGAACGUCUCGCUCGGAACCAUCUCGCCGAGCCUCGACCUCGCGUCGCUGGCUUCGCUCGGAACCGACCUUCCGCCGCUGACGCUCGACGCGCUCCUCGCCGACGCCACGCGUCCGAUCAUCUACACCGACCUCUCGGGCCUCCUGCACUGCAUCGACCGGAGCACCGGGUACGUGCUGUGGUCUGUCGAGCUCCCGGCCACGGUUGUCUCGUCGUUCUACCUCUCGCCGGCCGUCGGCGCCGUCCUCCGGCUCACGCCGCUCAACAAGCUCGGCGUCCACUGCCUCCGCGACCAGUGCUACACCGGCUCGUUUGCGCUUGUCUCGCCGUCAACCGCCACCGGCACGACACCGUCGUCGCACCUAGUUGCGCCGGCCGACACCUCAGGUCUGGUCUUGGUGGGCGGCUCGCCGGCAUCGGGCCUUUGGGCCGACGACAACGGCGCCUUUGUCCGCUUUGCCGAUGGCGACGGGGCUGGCAGCAUCGACACCGGCUCGCUCUUUGACGACUUGAACGGCGAGCCGAGUCCGCCACACAGCGGCAGCGGCGGCGGCCUAGUGCCGUACUCGCCCGACGGCUUCCACUGCGCACCCGACUCUCCAAGCUUCCCGGGCUGCCUCACCGGCGCAUGGCAGACCGCGCCGUCGUCGCCCGCCACUUCUGCAGGCGAGCUUGGACCGGGCUUUCCCUCUCUGCCCGGCGAGGGUGACAACGCGAUGCCGUACAACGCCACGGCCGCUGACCUCGUCCUUGCGCUCGUCCGCAAGGCUCCGACCCAGCUCGCGGUUGCAGCCGCCGCGCUGCUUCUGCUGCUUGUUGUGCUCGCGGCGCGCACGGUUCAGAACCGCUCGCUGCCGCUCCAGCCCCAGCCCGACACCCUCGCGCCACUGACCGCUACAGACUAUACCGACGAGCCCGACUCGGCGUCGUCAAUGGGCUCGUCGCUCCUGGCUUCCAUCUACGCGCGGACCAACUCGAACAACUCGUCAGGUGCGGCCGGAAGCUCAGUGCCGAGCGCGGUUGUUGACGCCUGGAACGGGCAGGACGAGUUGGUACAAGUCGGCGGAAGCGAGGCAACAACCUGGCGCAUCGGCGACAUCACUUUUGACACCGAUGCCGUUCUCGGCAAGGGCUCGCACGGUACAGUCGUCUUCCGCGGCGACAUCGGCGGGCGGCAAGUGGCGGUCAAGCGCAUGCUCGCCGAAUUCUACGAGGUUGCCUCAAAGGAGGUCGGUCUGCUCAUGGCCUCGGACCUCCAUCCCAACGUCGUCUCGUACUAUGGGCGCAAGAUGGAUGCCCAGUUUGUGUACAUUGCCCUCGAGGAGUGCGCGUGCUCGCUGGCGUCGGCCAUGACCUCUGGCAUGAUUUCCGACAUGCCGCUCGAGCUUAAGCGCAAGCUGCUCUUCGAGGCCGCCUCGGGCGUUGCCUUUCUCCACUCGCUUGGCAUUGUCCACCGCGACGUCAAGCCGCAGAACAUCCUCCUGGCCAAGGACUGGACGGCCAAGGUCGCCGACUUUGGCCUCGGCGCUGAGCUCGAUCGCGGUCGCUCGUCUUUUGACACCCACACCGCGGGCACGCUCGGCUGGCUUGCACCCGAGGCGCUCGCCGGCGAGCGCUGCACCCGCGCCGUCGACGUCUUUGGUCUCGGCUGUGUCGCCUACUACGUCCUCACAAACGGCGACCACCCGUUUGGCUCGCGCUACGAGCGCGACUGGGCCAUCCUCAAUGCCGCGCCCUCGCUCGACGCCGUCGCUUCAGACCCAGCCCGCGGCGGCCAUGAGGCCGUCGCCCUCGUCUCACGCAUGGUCGCCCGCUCUCGUGACGCCCGCAUCACCGCCGCCCAGGCGCUCGCCUCGCCGUUUUUCUGGAAUACCCGCAAACGCCUCGACUUUCUCAUGGAGGCCUCGGACAGGGUCGAGAUCGACUACCAGGACCAUGGCGCUGCCGGUCGUGUUGUCCGCCUUCUCGAGGCCCGCGCCGCCGACGUCUUUGACCUCGACCUCGUUGUCCGCCCGCCGCGCCCGGCAGAUAGCAGCGACCGCCCACGCUCGCUCUUCACGCCUGCCACACCCUCGCGCGCCGACCGAAGCAGCUCCUGGCGUACUCGCGAUGCCGGCCCGCCGGGCUUUGCGCCCUCACACUCGCCCCACUCGUCGUCGUCGCCCAAGAAGAAAACGCCGUCGCCGGCCGCACCGCGCCGCGGCUGGAUGGCCGUCCUCGCUCCCGAGCUCAUCAUCAACCUCGGCAAGUACCGCAAGUACGACCCGCGCUCGCUCCGCGACCUUCUCCGGGUCAUGCGCAACAAGGGCCGCCACUACCGCGACCUCCCGCCCGAGCUCAAGGCCGUACUCGGCGACUAUCCCGACGGCUACUACGCCUACUUCCUCCGCAAGUUUCCGCGCCUCCUUGUCGUCGUGUGGGAGGUCGUCGUCGAGGAAUUUGGCGUCGACGCCGAUCCGGCAUUCGACCAGUACGUGGCCAAGCCACCGCCGCCGGCGAGCUCCUCACCCGCACCUGCUCCCCUCCCUGUCUCCCGGAGCAAUGCUACGCCUUCGGCGCCGUAA